GUUGAAAAUCCGCAACAGCAACAGCACCACAUCGAAACAGUCCCAUGGAACCACAACCCAUCAUGAAGCCAGCAGCGGCAUCCACCAGAGCCGAGAGCCCGACACAUGUCGAAGCCUUACUCGUUCAAGUCCACGCUCCACGACGCGUGACAUUCACCACGGCCACGACCUACCUCUUCGACGUCGCGUAUGGCGGCAGCGCGCUCCCGAAAGCCACUGGCCCGCCCAUCGGCCUCGCACCGACGCACAUACACAUCGCUCAUGUCGAUCUAAGCACGUCGGCGCAUUGUCGUCGAGGCAGCGUGCGCAAGUUCACCCACUUGGAGCGCAUUGACAUGCUGAAACGGGCAGAGUACCAUGUACAGGACAUCGCGGCGUUCUGCGUCGAAGCGCUGGCGAUUCGAAAGUCGCGCGCUAUCGCCGCCGACGAAGCCAGGGCCGAGAAGAAGCGGAAACGCAUGCAUGAUGAACUCAUGGAGCAAGCGGUUCGAGUGCCGCGGGACAUGAGCGGCCGACCGCGCAUGUGGAGUGGAAGUGCGCAAGUGAUGGCUGAAGCGUAGUAGUACAGUACCCCACAAUAAGACAAGUUUAUUUAAUGAUACAAGGCCAUGGAUGAUCAUAUUCGCGGAGACAAAUGUGCUGCAUCUAGGGCUGAGUUACUCUAGAGAGCAACGAGGUCACACAUCGCUUGAACGAUGUCUCGCACAGGAACUCUUGGGGAGUUGUAGUAGGGAUGUAUGUACUACGAUCUGGCGGAGGCUGGGAAUACUGUACCUUGUCCGCCAAGGUCGUCCUUUCUCGUUCGUUACUUAGUCGAGUCGUACGCAGCUGCAGUGCAGCGGGUACACGCAACUACGGUCAUGUUGACAGUGCUUUGCCUCAUGGGGCUACGGAUCGAGCACGACCUCGCCUUCCAUGCCGCAGCGCUUCUCUUGCUCCACUCAACGUCCAUGAUUCCACGCAGAAGUUGCAGAAGGGC